UAGUAUAGUUUUUAUUCGGCGUUUGAGGGGUUAGCGAAAGGACUAAAUAGAGAGGCCGAGCCCCCUAUUAUAUGUACAUACACAGAGAAUUCCUAGAGCUUGGUAGCGCCUCGUCAAGGUCUCAAAUUAAUUAACAGCUGAACCAAUCUCUCUCGCUAUAUAUGUGUAUAGUAAGUGUAAAAUUCUUGGGUUGUGCAAACAACUCUAAUACUCUUAAGCUUCGUGGCGCUCGCGCGAGCAAGUUCCGCCCUUCGCGUCAAAUCCUUUCAAACGCCCAAUAGUUGGAGCACGAGUAUCGAAGUUUGAGGCUAAGUAGCCCACGACGAAACUACACAAACUUGCCGCUUACGAACAGUCCGCAAGCGAUUGCAAUUGUACGCGUAAUACAUCGAAAUUUCUAGUGAUAUGAAUCUGUUGUGUCCGUGACGACACGAUAUCACUAUUUUACUUAACGAUCAAUUUCAAGAGUCUGUGUUGCUAAUCCGCUAUGCAGUAUAGCAAUAUUCUCCCUUACCUCUUUUUCUUUAUUUUCUUUUUUUAUAGAUCUUGCGUGCCGACGAGUAAAUGACGAGAAAAUUAUUGCCUACUCAUGCACUGCAAAUGCAAAGAUAAAGAGUGAGAAAGAGUAGUGAUUUGCUCGCGAUGAUUUCUUUGAUUGAAUUAUUCAGUUAAUAUUUCUUGAUAACAUUUGCUAGACAAUUUUCACUCUUAUCUAAUGGGCUCAAGUUUCCUAAGAGGAUUCAAAGCAAUCUUUUUCCCGUUCAUCGUGCGCACUAGUAGUUGUACUAUUUUUGUGUCAAUUUUUCGUAAUGCUAAUGAAAUUAAUAACUACAAUAUUGUGGUCAUGCGCAUUGAUAAUUGACGUACGUCAAUGCCACAAUAUGUAUUGAUCAAUACUUAAAAAGGCCGAAAAAUGCUAUUUGCUUCAUCUUUUCAGUGAGCGCGUUAGCAAAUCGUCAAAGAUUCUACAAGUCAUGCAUUAUACUGAUAAUUCAAAUAAAAGUACAAAAUUAACUUACAUAAUGAGACUAAUGAUCUGUGGAGUAUUAAAAAAUAGAAUACAACUUUGUGCAAUCGUGAAAUGAGUUAAUCUUAUCUAACGAAACUAAAUUUUUGGUUUGUAAGCACAAAACACUAGCAUAGAUGGUGUUUUAUCAGCCUUAUACAAACAGUUUCAUCUCAAAUAUUAUUGUAUGUAGUCGAUGUGAAAAAGAAAAAAAAAGAUAGUCCACCGAAUACGUUUUCGUUAUCAACUUUACCGCGAAGUAUUUUCUUCUUAAAGAAUUCGCAUGCUCAAAAAAUUAGCAUUAUUCGCUCAGGAAAUAGUUUUUCCAGAAAAAGAAAAGGAAAGCUCAAGUCUAUAUACGAAGUGAAAACAAAGACCGAGGAAUAGGGGAAUAGGAGGAACUAGUGUAAACAAGAAGUCAUGGAGGAACUCGAUAGCAAGAUAAACUUAUGGAUACGGGAACGUCUGAUUCCACUGCUGCUGCCAACCGGGAACGAGUCCAACAACGCCAAGUUCACCAUCUCGCGACCAACUGGAGCUUUCUUCAUAUCUGACCUAUUUUUCGUCACCAUUCACUCGGAUAAUAGUGAAGACAAAAGUGCCGUGGUCAAACUGCCUCUUCGUAAUCCUGGAGUUAAUGUUGUUAUCGAAUAUGAUGGGCUCUUCACGAAUGAGAUCUUGUUUUACAAUAAAAUCGCUCAUAUUUAUCAUAAACAUUACCCGAAGUGUUAUUUAGCUGGAGAUGAUCCGAUAUUUAAAAGUGUUAUUGUGUUGGAAGAUAUACGCCCACGAGGUUACACAGUUAGCCCUAAAAAAGUUAACGCUGACAUACAUUACAUAGCAGCAGGUUUGAAAGCUAUUGGUAGGUUUCACGGACAUAUUUAUGCUAUAAAAGAGAAGGAUCCAGAGAUGUAUUGUGAAAUUAUAAAGACCACUUGCAGAAUUAGGUAUCGAAAUGAUUCUAAUGACAAAAAAUUGAAAGUUGACGUAGAUGGUAAAUUUCAACGACUAUUACGAGCGCUUCGAGACAGAAAUCGUGAUCCCGAAUUCAAUAAAGUAAUUUGCAAAGCUUUUAAAAAACCAUACAAUGAUAUAUUGACGAAAUGCGCUGAACCAAUUGAACCACUUGCUAUAAUAGUUCAUGGCGAUUGCACAAUGAACAAUAUUCUUUAUCGAACAUCAAACGAUGGCGAAAUAGAAUCAAUGCUCAUUGAUUUCGGUUUAUUGAUGCAUUCGUCGCCAGCUACUGACGUUUCUACAUUUUUGUACAUGUCUGCUAAACGAGAAGACAUCAGAGAUCGACUAGAGGAGCUAUUCACCAUUUACCACGACAGUUUAAUAGAAUCUAUGAAAGAACAUGGAGUUUGGGACUCAAACAAAUAUUCGCGACAAGUUUUCUGGCAAGAUUAUUGUGAUCGUGCAAUUUUUGGUUACGUUGGUGCAGCCGUGUUUUUCCGGUACUUUAUGAUAAUAUAUGAGAAAAAUGAUGUUAUACCCGAGUAUUCUGAAGCAAUAGCGGAUCAAUUUUUUGAGAGUACUGAAGGUAAAGAUUUUAUGGAUGAAUUGAUCAAUAUGCUGGACGAUUUGCGAAUAUCUGGAAUGUUGAAUCAUAUAAUUGACAAAUCUAAAAAAUAAAGAUAACGCAAUAAAAAUAAAAAAGAUAGGUAUUGUUAAUGUUUAUUACUUCGUGAAUUUUACCAUAUUGACAUCACA